CAGAGAGGUCCUACCGAUUCGUUUGGAGUAGAGACACUAAAGUCAAUGUCCCGAUUUCUGCUCAAUGGAAUAUGGGAUCUGGAGUCUUCACGCCGCGGGUGAACUUUGGGGUGACCCGCGUCUCGCCCGAAGGCACCCGAUUCUGCCUCCAAGCGCGACGCAGUUGCUCCCGAGGGCCGCGUUCGCCCUGAGCGCCCUUCACCGACCGGAAAUGGUGCCGUUACCGUUGACGUCCACCGGACCGCCAUACGGGCCCAUCGAACUGGUCACGAAAUCCUCGAAAGACAGGGUCGAGGCGGGAAAAAAGGGAACUGAUGUGAAUGACGACCAGCAACGUGACGACAACGAAGGAAACAUCGAAAAAUCAGACGAAAAUGAUAAUCAGACUUCCAAAGAACACAACGACAACGAAGACGCCGGAGAGGAAAGCGACAGCGGAAGCACAAACAGUUCCCAUCGCUCGGCCAACAAUAAUCUUCCGACGAAGCUGCUUGAUCCGAUGGCUUACCUUGCUUUCGAUAAGGAAGGAACAGUGACACCGGUUCUAAAUGGCUGGGUCCUUGGCGCAUACACCGCUAUGCUUGGUAGGCUGUCAGCGGCGACCGCAGCUCUGGAGGCCACGGAAAUCCCGAACAUCCCGUCCGACAGCGAUUCCGAGAGCGAGCAUUCGUCUUACACCGAGAAAUCGCGGGGCAGCAGUCCUAAUGUCAGCAGCGCUCACCGUGGCUACUCUUGCGGCUCCUGCGACGUGGUUGCGCCAACGAGACCAGCCCUACGGAAACACAUUGUCGACUGUCAUCCACCCGUGGCAAGCACGGAAACAGGAGAAACGAAAAACUGUCCGUCCUCCGGCUGUGACUUCACAACGAGCAGCAGGUGCGAAAUGGAGACUCACGUGGCCGCGCACGUGGCGCAGGGCAUGACACCGACGGGCAAAAAACGGACCCUGGCAUUGCAACGCGUCAGGUAUAGAUACGAACGAGAGGAGUACCGUUGCUCGCUGUGCUCGUACGCCUGCACCAUCGAGAAAGCGUUUCAGAGGCAUUUGAGGGCACACGCAAAGGGCACAGCAGCGGAGACCAGGGUGAGCUGCGCCGUAUGCGGGGCUGAUAGAUCCUCCGAGGUCGAUCUCAGCAGACACAUGAGAAGGCAUCGCGACGAACGAUACUUCUGCUGCGACAUUUGCAUCUUCCGCACAGUUCAACUGAAGAAGCUUAUUCAACAUCGACGUAUGCAUACGGGUGAGAAGCCACACCUUUGUCCGCACUGCGCGUACAGAAGCGCCCGUCGCGACAACCUACGGAGCCACGUAAGACGCGUCCACAAAAAGGAGAAUCUCUACUGCGACACGUUCAGUCCGCGGGGCAUGCUGCUCACGCCCACGAUCGGACGGGACGCGCCGCUCGUUCAGAGCCCGGAAUCCUCGCCGUCCUCCAACUCGGAGUCCACCAACUAGCGAAGCAACUAGACAGAA